UGAUAUUCAGAAGAGACUGGUUAAUGUGUCACUGACACGUGAUCAUCUGACAGAGUGUACGUAGUUAUUCUACCGCUAUUUACUCGGCACGCAGAUAGAGACGAAAGCUCUUGACUGGAGAAGACAUCUAAUCUGAAGUAAAGAUGUCAUCUAAUGACAACACAAAAAGUUUCCCUGAGCUUAUAAAGCUGAAACGAGACGGUGACCAACUCAGCCCAGCAGAGAUACGAACAUUUGUGCAAGGAGUCACAUCACAAACCAUCCAGAAGAGUCAAAUAGGCGCUAUGCUAAUGGCCAUAUGGCAGCAGAACAUGACUGAUGAAGAGACGCUGGCAUUGACGAGAGAGAUGAUGAACUCCGGGGAUACGUUAAAAUGGCCGGAGGAAUGGUGGGUGGUAGACAAGCACUCAACCGGUGGGGUUGGAGACAAAGUCAGUCUUCCACUCGCUCCUGCUCUGGCUGCGUGUGGCUGUAAGGUGCCCAUGAUAAGUGGACGAGGACUGGCACAUACAGGUGGCACCCUGGACAAGCUGGAGUCUAUCCCUGGGUUUAAUGUCUCCCAAUCCAUUCAACAGGUGGAGAAGAUCCUACAGGAUGUGGGCUGUUGCAUUGUGGGACAGACAGAGAGUCUGGUGCCAGCAGAUCGUGUUCUCUAUGCAAUCAGAGACGCCACAUCCACGGUUGAUAGUCUUCCUCUUAUCACUGGCUCCAUCAUUUCUAAGAAAGGAGCUGAAGGUCUGAGUGCUCUUGUGUUAGAUGUGAAGUUUGGCAGGGCUGCUCUGUAUAAAGAUCUGGAUAGUGCUCGCAAACUUGCUCAGUCACUGGUCACUGCAGGCAACAAGCUGGGUGUGAAGACAAGGGCGGUGCUUACCCGAAUGGACGCUCCUAUUGGCCAGACUGUAGGAAAUGCGGUUGAGGUGUGUGAGGCUCUUGAGUGUCUUAAAGGACGAGGGCCAGAUGAUCUCACAGAACUAGUUACAAUUUUAGGUGGACAUCUCCUGGACAUGUGUAGCCCCGACUUUACUGUAGAGAGUGGGACAAAGGAAAUCGCUCUAAAGCUGAAGAAUGGAGAAGCCCUGGAAAAGUUCCAGGCGAUGCUGGAGGCUCAGGGUGUGUCUGCAGAAGUUGCACGUUCCCUGUGCUCAUACGAGACCGACUACUUUCAGCACAUGAGCCGUGCAGCACAUCAGACAGAGCUUAAGGUGCUAGAUGAUGGAGCCGUUUUGGACAUUGAUGGUUUGGCCCUGGCUGAAGUGCUGCACAAGUUAGGGGCGGGACUUACUAAAUCGGAAGACAAAAUAGAUCAUAGCGUGGGAGCUGAGAUCUUGGUUAAGAUGGGACAGCAGGUACAGAAAGGUGAAUCAUGGAUCAGGAUUCAUCACAAAAGCCAAGAUGAUCUGAGUGUACACCAGUCUGUCCUGCAGAAAGCAUUGGUCAUUGGCAACAUCAGGGAAUACAAGGCAUUGUCACGUGUGGCAGAAUUCAUCUGACCAAACAAUCCCAACAAAUCUUAGCAAAGCUUGUAAAGUACCUUUCACUCUGAAUGUACUGAUCCUUAGAAACAAUACUCUUUACAUGAAGCACUAGGGCGGUUUUACAAGAAGAGCAUGACAGACAAAGAGUGACACUGACCUUUGAGCUCUGCAUCUGGAAAAUCUUUAAACAUACUUGCUUACCAGUAGCUGAAAUAUUCCUGUAGCCCAGAUCUGCUCAAUCCUGUCCUGGAGAUUCCUGCAAAGUUGAGAGGCAGCUCUAAUCCACCUAAAGCAGAUGAUCAAGGCCAUCUUCAGACUGAACCUGUAGAUUACAGGCAGGUGUGUUGGAUCAGGAGCUGGAAGGUGGAUCUCCUGGAGCAGGAUUGAGUACACUGGUACAGUAGAUGACUGCUGCCACCACUGACUAGUAGAUGAACUGCAGCAUAACAGACCACAUCUAUGAUCAGUUACUCAAAUUAACAAGCACCUUGUCUUUUCGGGCAUUUGUUAGUGAUUUCGGGGCUAAAACCGCACAGCUUGUACCUUGUUCUCAGAAAACAGGGUCUGCUCUUGUUCUUCUUGUAAACAUCCAUGAUGAUACCCUAAGAUAUGUCUCUGUCAGAAGGUGAAAGGAAUCCGAUUCCACAAAGUGAAUUCUAUUUGGGGUUUUUCAAAAUGAUUGUGCUGACUUUAUUUUCACACUUUUUUGCUCUUCAAAACACCCAUAAAGCAUAAUCCUGGUGCUUCAUUUAUGUUUUUCUCUGUGUAUUUAAUCAGACCAACUAAUAGCGAUUAUAUUUUUCUUUGUAAUAAAAUGAGGUUGUAUAGAUGGUAAGAUAAGGUGUUAUUUGCUGCCAUGUAGUGGUACAAAUCAUGUCCUACAGAACCCCUUAUGUAAUGUGCAGAUUCUCUGAAAUAGCUGAUAUAUAUAUAUAUAUAUAUAUAUAGUGACUACCUUUAUACAGGGUUCCCACACCUUGGUAACUUCAAAUUUAAGGACCUUCAAGGACUUUCCAGGUCCAAUAACCUCAAUUAUUUUAACUUAAUGUGGGGACACAUUUGUUUUGUCCAACAAUAAACGUUCAGGUACCAUCA